AUGAGAGGAAAGCUUCUUUAUGAGGUACAACUAUUCGCUCUUUCGGACAGUCUGCCACACACCUCUCGCCUGCUUUACGAUACCUUCAACGCCUCCCCAAACUCUUUCCGUGCCCAAUACAUAUUAGGCCGUGUCUUACGCUUCUCACCUUCCUGGCCUCCAAACCUCUACUCCAGAGUUAUCCGAUACCGACUAUGCUCCUCACAAGUGCUCGACAUAAUCUGCGAUCGCUGUGCUGAUGCCACUGGCCUCUCCGAAACCGCGGAAAUCCCCCGACAUCUUUUCCAACACCUCCUUAGGCUGAAAAAGCCUUCAAGCCAAUGGACCGAUACAGACCAUCCACUACCCUACCUCCGACAUCUGCAUGAAAAGGUGCCGAAUCUGAAUCUAAACUCGCACGGUGGCUAUGCCCUGGCGAUGGCCGUACAUGGAGGAUUUGUACAACUUAUUCAAUACCUCCUUGCAUUAGGGGCAGAUCCCCGAAGGAAAAACGGCCUAUCAGUUUUGAUUGCCGUUCGAAACAGGAACCUCCCUAUUGUCCGGCUGCUUGUGGAACCAGGCUACGGGGUAAAAGUCAGUGGUCCAAAAAAGCGAAAGGUUGCCGACAGGAUACAGGAUAUCGUGGAUUACUUGCGUCAAAAGGGCUGUGUACCGGAUAUGGAGACACUCGGAUUAAUGCAUAGUUCUUAUUAA